AUUUUUUUUUACCUCGUUAUACAAUAUUACUUUGCACAAAAAUAAAAUGUUAUUUUUGGCCAUCCGAGCGACUUCGCGCACCAUAAAACCAUCGAUCACACGCAGCUGGACGCGAAACCUAUCUCAAUCGGCGAAACGACAGUCAGACGUCUUCCCACUAACCAAGCCAAGUUGGUCAGUAAACACGUUGUUAAACGGCGCCGAGGGCAUUAAGCACCCGGAAAAGCUCGACGGCGAGCUAGACCAAGCCAGAAUACGCCGGCUAUAUGAGCUCUCCGGACUUCAACUCCCGGACCCUGCGGUUGAGUCAGAGAGAUACAAACAAAUUUCCGAGCACGUUAAUCAACUCAAGGACUUUUUGGGUCAUAUACAGGCUGUUGAGGAGACGGAUAAGCUUGAUGGUGUGGUGCCGUUGAUGAGGAUUGCGGAGGUUUUGGAGUUUACCAUUGAGGAGCCUAAUGCUGGGUUGGUCGUUGGUGUGGAUUCGGAGGCGCAUUUGGGAAGACGUGUGCUGGAGCUGGCGGCAAAAACCAGCGGAGAUUAUUUGAUUGUCGAAGAAUAAACUGUAUUAAAUUGUUUAUUUUGCGAAAACAGGAAAAGAAAAAUGCAGUGUCAAGUGAUAUUGCUGCUUGCUGUCAUUCCAUUAUACAAAUGAAUUGGAUAAUAGAAUAAAAAAAAGCAAGUCUUAUUUAUUUUCUUUGCUGUGUUGAGAACCCCAUGGGGGGACUGCUACCCGGGCUGAGACCCGCAGGCACGCACAGAUGCAUCAAAUAUAUGCAAGUCAUCAUUUUUAUUUAAAUGUCG